CACUCACUUCAUCUUUGCAAGUUCUCCAGUCGACAGCACUCCAAUUCCUACUACUUCAUCAUGAAUACCUUCAAAACUGUCGUUAUGAUCUGCGCCAUGUUGGCUGCUUCCUGCUCCGGCCAAUACUUGUCUCAAUCUUCUAGCCAAGGACCUCAAUCAGGAAGCGGAAUGAUGGGCAGCCAAUUGCCGUCGUACGUCGCCCAAGCCCAGCAGAGCAGCCCGGCCCUGGAGCAGCAAAGACCGGCCUUUACCGCUGAACAAUCCCGACCAGUGUCCAGCGGCAGCUCUUCUCUCCUUGGCGGAGGCGCAUCUGCUCCGGCCACUACCCAGCAGAUCUGCUCUUGCAUCACCAUCAACCCCGCAGCAGCAGCAGCAUCAUCCGCCCAGCAAUCUGCCCCGGCCUCAUCGGUCGACUCCGCUCCCCAACAGCAGAUCUUCGCUGCUCCCCAACAGCAGACCUUCUCUGCUCCUGCCCAGCAGACAUUCGCUGCUCCUGCCCAGCAGUCUUUCGCUGCUCCUGCCGCCGCUCAGUCCUCCUACUCUUCCGCCCCGGCUGUUUCCCAGCAAGGCCCCGCCCAGCGCCCAGCCAGCACCGGAUAUUAACAUGUUUAACAUUCGUGCCAGCUCUUUCACAUCUAUCUUGACUAUUUUCGUCAUCAUUUGAUUCUUCUCCGUCUGUAAUGCAAUUACAAUUCACUAUUACACUCUCAUUCAUUCUUAUA